AGUGAGUGCAACACGAGUUGUUAUUUUCAAUAUGUCUGCUUCCUUAAAGCGAGAGAGGAACAAUUCAAAAAUGUCCUUGUUUAAUGUAUUGCCACAUCAGAUCGAUUGUAUUGUAGAUAUUCACUGAAAACUUUUAUCAACUGUCUGUUUACUAUUCGCUUCCUCAUUGGAAUUCCUGCAGUGAAGAAAGUUUUUUUUUUCUUAAUCCAGCACAUUUCUGCAGAUAUCACAGCAAGAAAACAUUUUAAAUCGUAAAACACUAAAUAUCUUAGAUGUCUGAAGUAUCGUGUGAUGACAGAAGGGUAAAACCAAGAAGUGACAAGGAAGUAACUAUGGCAAAACGUAAUGCCACGUCAGAGCUGAACGACCGAAAUUGGGAUGAAGAAGAGGAAGAUGAAGAGGCUGGAGAGUUUGUGGCAGCAAAGAAAGAAGUUUUGAAACAACGAAACAUAAUAAAAGCCAAACGAAGGUCAAAUAUUUCAACCGCAUCUCCAGGAGCUGGAAUAUUUGCAAAUUUUGCUGGUUUCUCAUCAACCCCUAAUGCUACUACUACUACUGCUACUACGACAACAGGAGUCACGUUGACUGUAACCAACAACACAAUGAAACCUCUUCUCGACGCCAGCAGCAGCAGCAAUACUUCCAAACCGACUGGUGCUGCGGCCUCCAUCACCGGUGCUAGCACAGGCUCUGAUGAAUCCGACAGCAAGCUGCACGUGCAGCUGAAGAAGCUCAACAAGAGUGUAUUACAGUGGAUGCAGCAGCAUGUGGCCAAGGAUCCUUACUGCAUCCUGACACCCAUUUUCAAAGACUAUGAAAAGUAUUUGAAGACUAUCCAGGAUGAAUUUAAAGCAAAACCAGAUACCAAAGACACUGGUUCAAUUCCAGAAGCAGCCACUGAACAGGAAACCAAUUUAGAUUCUGAAAAGUCAAAAGAGGAGGAACAAUCAAAACCUGACCUGAAGAAGAAUAUUUGGCCAAACUUAUCUGUGACUAGCCCCCUCUUGUCUAGUGGCAGCAGUAGUAGUAGUAGUAGUACCACCACAUCGACUGGACAGACCUCCAUAUCUACAACACCAGCUUUCGGUGGGUUUAACUUCAAACCUGCUGACACUCAGUCAACAUUCUCUUUUGCCAGUACUUUGAAUACCAGCAAUGCCGUCAAGGGAAGUAACCCAGAUGAGGAAGAUGAGUACGUUCCCCCUAAAGCAGAAGUGAAAGAGAUCAAGGAAGAAGGUUCAGUUUAUAGCAGAAGAUGCAAACUGUUUUAUGAGAAAGACAAGAACUGGAUUGAUAAAGGCAUUGGAAACUUGCAUGUGAAACCAUUCAAAGACAAAGCCCAACUCAUCAUUCGCGCUGACACAAACUUAGGGAACAUUCUUCUGAACAUAAUGUUGCUUCCAACGAUGCAACUCAAAAGGCAAGGCAAAAACAAUGUGAGCCUUGUAUGCAUUCCAAACCCUCCCUUAACGAAGGGCGGGAGCGAGAAUAAACCAGUGCCGUUGCUGAUCCGAGUGAAGACUGGCGAGGAAGCUGACGAUCUCUUGGCACAGCUCAAUAAACAUAAACAUGGAACAGAUUCCCAAGAGAACGUCUAAUGGUGGAGCCACGGUUUAAUUCUGUCAACGUUUUUAGGGACUGCAAUCUCUACCUCCUUUUACAGACCUUUUUUUCCCCUCCAUUCCUUCAAAAAAAAAAAACAUACCUGUAUCAUGAAAAAGACUCUUAACUCUCUCUCGUGGAUUUUCCGAUACAAAAGUAUGCAAUUUACGUUUGAUUUUAUUAAAAGAUAUUUGCAAUAA